AUGGAGUCCGAGCAUGAGCUAUCGCAACCCCCGCGUGAGCGACCCGUCAACUCCAUCGAGAAUGACGGCGUGAUCGCCCCCGAACUAUGGAAAGUAAUGAUGGAUGUAGUCAUGGCCAUUUAUGACUACCGAGAACACGAUGGCCAUGACCCGUCACGAUUGUUCCAUCGCAGUGUCAACAAGCGCUAUGUCCCCGACUACUACGAUAUCAUCAAGGAGCCAAUGGCUCUGAGUAUCUUGAAAGCGCGCAUCAACAAGCGAGAAUAUAAACAAUUCUCCGAUUUCGUUCGCGAUUGCGCCUUGAUCCCACAUAAUGCACAAACAUACAACAGGCCUAGAUCACAGGCCUACGAAGAUGCGCUUGUUGUAAAAGAUGUUUUCGCCUCCGAGUUUAAGAAGUUGGCUGUCCAGGGCAUAAUUUCCGCUGAUGAGGCAGACUUGCCCGAUCUAGGGGAGAUUCCAGAGGCAGAUCCAUUGCCCGACGAGGACGAGGAAGAGGAGGAGGAAGAGGAGGAUGAGGAUGACGAUUCCGAGGAUGAGGGCCGACGAAGGAAGAAGCCCGGGCCCAAACCUGGCUUCAAGCGUGGAAUGGCUCAAAAGCACGAACCGGACCUUCGCAAGAAACGAGGCCGUCCUCCGCGCGUGGAUACACCCAUGGAAAUCCGCAUCAAGACCAUAUUGAAGGGAAUCCGGAAGUUCAAGGGCGCAGGUGGUCACUUGAAGAUAACACAUUUUGAACGACUGCCCGACAAGGCCAUGUAUCCGGACUACUAUAUGGAGACUAAGGAACCCAUCGCCAUCGACAUUAUUAAACGAAAGUCCAAGCGCAAGAAGUACAACUCUGUCGACCAUUUCAUGCGCGAUCUUGAUCUCAUGUUCGAGAAUGCAAAGGCCUAUAACCAAUCUGACAGUCAGAUCUUCAAAGACGCAUUCGAUCUGCAAAUCGAGUCACGAAAGCUAGCCGAGCAGGAAAAGAAGAAGCCCGACAGCGAGUUCUUGAUGGAAGACGGGCGUUUCCCCCUCCCCGAUGGUAUUCUUCACCGCGGUGAACUAUGGAAAGUUGGCGACUGGGUUCACAUCCAAAACCAAAACGACGUGUCCAAGCCCAUUGUCGCACAGAUAUAUCGUACUUGGCAGGACUCUGAUGGUGAGAAGUGGAUCAACGCAUGUUGGUAUUACCGCCCUGAGCAGACGGUGCAUCAUUUCGAGAAGCACUUCUACCCAAACGAGGUUGUAAAGACUGGCCAAUAUCGAGACCACCGGAUUGACGAGAUCGUGGACCGUUGCUUUGUGAUGUUCUUCACUCGUUAUAGCCGGGGUCGCCCAAGAGAUCUCGCACCGGAUAAGGAAAUCUACGUGUGCGAGGCUCGCUACAAUGAGGAAAAGCAUAAGUUGAACAAGAUCAAAACAUGGGCCAGCUGUCUGCCCGAUGAAGUACGAGAGAAGGACUACGAAAUGGAUCUCUUUGAUGUGCCCCGCAAGAUUAAAAAGAUCCCUAGUCCGAUCAAAGAUCUCUUGAAGGAGGAUGCCAAAGAGACCGAUGACCUUCCUCGGCCGACCUGGGGAGCCGACAAUGCGCCCCCUGUUGUCGGAGCUGUUCACCGCCGUCCACGAGAUGAGAAUGAAUCCCCUCCACCCGAGCCUACCCCAUCCCCGCCCCCUCCUACCCUGCCCCAGUCUGUAGCACCCCGUCAAUCUCUGGGCCAAGCACUGCCUAUAUCGGCCAUGAGUCCGGCAAAUGCUGCGCAUCAAAUCCGCACACCGGCACCCCCAAUCGUUAUUCACACCUCUCCCCGUCCCUCGCCAGCCUUCCCGCCCACAAUGACCCCAUCCCAGGCCUUCCAAGCAAGCUUGCAACGUCGCCCGAGCAACUUCGCAGCGCCGCAAACGCCUGCGGGUGCAUACCAGCCCUUGCCAGUGGCCCAGCCAUACUCAGCAGCUCAGCCAUCCCCCUACACCGGCUACUCUCAAAACCGAAUGCAAGCUCCGCCGGCGGUGUUCAAUCCCAAUGCCCCCCGCCCCGUGGAAGUCUUCCACUUGGGUGAUGCAGCCAACGCCGCCAUUCCCGAGGACAUCCGCCAGCAAUUCCACUGCGACGAUUAUGGCCGCGUGCUCUUUUUCUCCGCACCACCUGUGGAUUUCAUCCCGCGCUCAACGCAGAAGCUCGGCCAUUCUCUCAAGUAUCUUGCUACCAAAGAAGAGCACCAGAAGAAGGUCGAGGAAAGGAAGCGCAAGCUGGCUGAUGAGCAGAUGGAACGCGAGGAGACCGCGAAACGCCAGCGAGCUGAUGUGGAGACCGAUGUUGCGGCCCGUGCCGGAGCGCUUACCGGCAAGGCUCUUGAGACGCUGAUCAAACGUGUUGUUACUUCUACGGGACAGCUGUACGACUUUUCCCGUCAGGCUACGUACGAUGGCACCAUGGAUGUUGAUGGACCGCGUGGGCGUGGUGUUUUGGCUGAUCGUCUUGCAAAGGAGCAGACACAGCAGAUUCAGGCUCAAUCUACCACAGAGGGACUGGUCAAUCUGAAAGGGACUGCACUUUACCUGGAUGAGGCUUAA